CGUUUUUGAUACUAGAACGGCUCUUAUAGUAUUAUGGACCGAGGGAGGGAGUAGCUUUCUUGUGUUAACAUCACUAUCGGUUGUCAGGCAAUCAGCCACCCAAACAAAAAGCCGGGUUCCACUCAUGUCCACUUGGGCUGCAUGAAUUGGAUUCUCUCGCCCCGUCACUGACAUGCAGGCCACGAGGAAUCAAUCAGUCGGCAGGGCCUCCCACCAGAAUCUGCAGAUUCUUUAUUUUUCAUUCACGAUUAUUAUAAUAUCAGGAGGAGACGCGGCUGCCUUUCCGUCGGUGUCACUCCACGUCAGUUCUCUCCAUCCAUCAAUCUAUUGGCGUUGAUUGAGAGAAGAAAAGAAGGGUAUAACCCUGUUCAUCAGCAGCCACUAAUACGAAAGGGGGUCGGUGCAAGUGCAGCGGAUGGAUGGGGCAUUUGAUCUGAUGCCACCCGCCUUUGCCGAUCAGCCAUGGCACCGCACCACUAAAAAGUAAGCAAGCAGGUCCCAACCGCAUUGAAGGACGAUUCGACGGAAACGAAUAAAUAAAACCAGCACGCAAACCUGCAUCAAGACAGACAGACAGCGAGCAAAGGAACGGGAGGCCCAUUUACAUAUAUAGCCCUGCUGCUCCUGGCCCCUUUCCCCAGUUCCGUCCCAUUAUUGGUUCUUGCGAGGAGGGGGGCGGAGAAACGGAAGCAGGAGGCAGAGAGGAGAUCGAGCCAGAGGGCGGCGAGCAAGGGCGCGAUGGCGUCCAAGAGGAUACAGAAGGAGCUUAAGGAUCUGCAGAAGGACCCCCCUACCUCAUGCAGCGCAGGUCCUGUGGGUGAAGAUAUGUUCCAUUGGCAGGCAACAAUAAUGGGCCCAUCUGACAGCCCAUAUUCUGGUGGAGUUUUCCUAGUUACUAUCCACUUCCCUCCUGAUUAUCCUUUCAAACCACCAAAGGUGGCAUUCCGCACCAAGGUGUUCCAUCCAAACAUCAACAGCAACGGGAGCAUUUGUCUGGACAUCCUCAAGGACCAAUGGAGCCCCGCUCUGACCAUUUCCAAGGUGCUGCUGUCCAUCUGCUCCCUGCUGUGUGACCCGAACCCUGAUGACCCUCUGGUCCCUGAGAUCGCCCACAUGUACAAGACGGACCGGCACAAGUACGAGAGCACCGCCAGGACCUGGACGCAAAGGUAUGCCAUGUAAUGCAAGACGGCGGAUGGGUCGCCGGAGUCAGUCUUGUUUGUAACAUUCUCGAUCAGUUCGUGUGUGCCCGCCCAGUGUGUCACCUGUCUGUCAAACUGGCACUCGUUGCUCAACUGUGUCACCUGGCGCAGUGACUUGGAACAUGGAACCGGUGUUGCAUAUUUUGGAUUCAGAUAAAUGUAGCCACCUGCCUGCCACUUAAA